AUGCUGCGAUUUCGUACCGAAGGAUACAAUGGAUAUUCGUUGCAAUUCAGUCCAUUCUUUGAAAGUAAAAUAUCAUGUGCAACGGCAGCAAAUUUUGGAUUAGUUGGAAAUGGAAGAUUAUUCAUUUUAAAUACUGGUGUUGGUCCUAAUGGUGUGGAGAUUGAACGAAUAUAUGAUACUAAAGAUGGUUUAUAUGAUUGUUCAUGGAGUGAAGUUAAUGAGAACCAAGUUGUUACUGCUAGUGGCGAUGGAUCAAUAAUGUUAUGGGAUACCACGCUCAUGGAUUUUCCAAUAAAAAAAUGGAAAGAACAUCAAAGAGAGGUUUAUUCAGUACAUUGGAAUUUGAUCAAAAAAGAUUCUUUUUGGCACCCUGAAGCUCCACAAUCAUUAUCCACAUUCUCGGAGCACACAGCAUGUGUAUAUAGUACAAUAUGGUCACCAUAUAAUCCUGAUGUUUUUGGUUCAGCAUCCGGUGAUAGCACCUUCAAAAUUUGGGAUGUAAAAGUUCCAAGAUCGGCCCAAACUAUACGUGCACAUCAUAGUGAAAUUCUCUCUUUAGAUUGGAAUAAAUAUCAAGAAAAUGUUAUUGUUACUGGUGGUUCGGUGGAUCGUAUAUUAAAAGUAUGGGAUCUAAGAUCUCUUAAUCGUGAAAUAACUUGUUUACGUGGCCACCGAUACGCCAUAAGAAGGGUGAAAUGUUCACCACAUGAUGGCAACAUUAUUGCUUCCGCUUCAUAUGACAUGACAGUGAGAUUAUGGAACACGACUUUGAUCGAUCCUUUGGGCAAAUAUCUACUUGUUCUUGGGAUGAACAUGUACAUAUAUGGAAUUCUGGCCAGUUGA